AACUCUCUCCAGACAGCUCCGUCAGCACAGUACAGGAGGUGUGAGGUCUCUGUCCAACGCUCGAACCUGAUUCCAGGAGCCCUCAGGGCCCAGUUCUAUCAGGAUGAGUGGCAACGGUUCCCAGGACAACUACAAGGAUAGCAAUGAGAAAGAACCAGAGUUCACCUGGGAGGUGAAGGCCAAUGACCAGGCUUAUCAUGAGCAGAUCAAGAAGAAGUUUUUCCUGUGCUGGAAGAAGAGAAAAUAUGCGGAUAAUGCCAUCAAGACAGCCAAGUACAAUAUAUUCACCUUCCUGCCCUUGAACCUCUACGAGCAGUUCCAUCGCAUGGCCAACCUCUACUUCCUCUUCGUCAUUCUCCUGCAGACCAUCCCAGAGAUCUCCACACUGCCCUGGUUUGCCCUUUUGCUGCCCCUUGCCUGCCUCCUCAUCAUCAGGGGAACCCGGGACCUCGUGGAUGAUAUCGCCCGGCACAGGAGCGAUUGGUCCAUCAAUAGCAGACCCUGCCAAAUCCUGAUUGGGAAAAGUUUCUGCAAGAAGAAAUGGCGGGACAUCCAGGUGGGCGAUGUGGUUUGCCUGAAGAAGGACGACUUUGUUCCAGCCGACCUGCUCUUACUGGCCAGCUCAGAACCCAGCAGCCUGUGCUACGUGGAGACAGCUGACAUUGAUGGUGUGGAAUCUAUGCUGAUUGUUUUCCCUCCUCCAGCCCCUCCACAUGCCCUUGCCUUGUGCCAUGGAUGCUUCUUUUCCCAGCAGGAAGUCUCUUUCCAGUGGAAUGAAUAUGCAGAUGGGAAGCUGUUGUUUCAAGACCCCUCGCUCCUGGAAGCCAUCCAUCAAGAUGCUGACACUGUGAUGCGGGAAUUCUGGAGGUUGCUGGCCCUUUGCCACACCGUCAUGGUAGAGGAAAAGGACAGCCAGCUGAUCUACCAGGCAGCUUCUCCUGAUGAAGAGGCCUUGGUGACGGCCGCUCGGAAUUUUGGCUAUGUGUUUCUGUCACGGACCCAGGACACCAUCACCACCAGUGAACUUGGGGUAAAGAGGACAUACCAAGUGCUGGCCAUGCUGGACUUCAACAGUGUCCGCAAGAGGAUGUCUGUUCUCCUGAGGGACCCUGAGGGGACAAUCCAUCUCUACACCAAAGGGGCAGACACAGUCAUCUUUGAGAGGCUGCAGGACGAUGGCCCCAUUGAAAUUGCAACCGAAAAAGCCUUGGGUGCCUUUGCUGAGGAGACACUGAGGACCCUGUGCCUGGCCAGCAAAAAGGUGGAGGAGAAGGUGUAUAAAGAGUGGAAAAAGCGGCAUCAUGCAGCCAGUGUCCUGCUGCAGAAUCGGGCCCAGGAGCUAGACAAGGUGUAUGAGGAGAUUGAACAAGAUCUCCAGCUGUUGGGGGCCACUGCCAUUGAGGACAAGCUACAGGAAGGGGUCCCUGACACUAUCCAUCUGCUCAAGAAAGGAAAUAUCAAAGUGUGGGUGCUGACGGGCGACAAACAAGAGACGGCGGUGAACAUUGGUUAUGCAUGUCGACUGCUGUCGGAUGACAUGGAGGUUCUGGAGGAGAAGGAGAUCUGCGAGAUGCUUGAUGCCUACUGGGAGAGCAACAACAACCUUAGCAACAGCCAGGAGCCUCUGACCAGGGAAAAGUUCUGCCAACCAGGGCCCAGACGACACAACAAGAUGGCCUUGGUGGUCACUGGAGAUUUCCUGGACAGGAUGCUGCUGCGUGCUGGGGAGGCGAAGGAAAAGAAGAAGAGGAGCCUGGGGCCUCUGAAAAGGCUACAAAAAUGCUGGGCGGGGUGGGGAUGGAAGCAAGAGCAGGAGCUGGGGCUCGGACUGGAAGACGAUCCAGAGACCCUGCGGGAAAGAGCUUUUGUGGAUCUGGCCACUCAGUGCCAGGCGGUGAUCUGCUGCAGGGUGACCCCCAAACAGAAGGCCAUGAUUGUGCAGUUGGUCAAGAAGCACAAGCAAGCGAUCACCCUGGCCAUUGGGGAUGGAGCCAAUGAUAUUAACAUGAUCAAGACGGCUGACAUCGGGGUGGGGAUCAGCGGGCAGGAGGGCAUGCAGGCGGUGCAAAGCAGUGAUUAUGCUCUGGCCCAGUUCUCCUACCUGCAGCGGCUGCUCCUGGUUCACGGGCGCUGGUCCUAUCUCCGCAUCUGCAAGUUUCUCCGCUACUUCUUCUACAAAACCUUUGCCAGCAUGAUGGUGCAGAUCUGGUUUGCCUUCUACAGUGGUUUCACUGCCCAGCCUCUAUAUGAAGCCUGGUUCCUGGCUCUAUAUAAUGUCUUCUACACCGCCUACCCUGUGCUGUCUAUGGGGCUUCUGGAGAAGGACAUGAGUGCCCCAAAAUGCCUGGAGUUCCCUGAACAGUAUUGUGUGGGUCAAAAAGAUCAACUCUUUAACUACUGGGUCUUCUUCGUGGCCCUGGUCCAUGGAACAGCCACAUCCCUGGUAAACUUCUAUGUGACCCUAUGGGCCUUUGAAGACAUGGCCGGACUUGGGGGCAUCUGUGAUUACCAAUCCUUUGCAGUCACUGUGGCGACAUCAGCUCUGCUCUCAGUCAUAGUUGAGAUCAUGAUGGAUAUCAAGUUCUGGACAUUGUUGUCUGCCCUAGCCAUCACAGUCAGCCUGUUGCUGUUCAGCCUCCUUUCCUAUGUCACCCAGAACUUCCGUGCUUACAGGGCGGCACCUUCUAUCUUCCGGUUUCCAUUUGCUAAUCAAAAUGCAUUGACGGAUCCCUACAUCCUGCUGGUGGUGCUGCUGACUGUGGCAGUGAACACCAUCCCUUCGCUGACCAUCCGCCUGCUCAGUCAAAUCAUCGCCACCAAGAGCAUCCAUGAUAAACCCCAGUACUGGAAAACACAGAAGGAGACCAAUAAUGUGGAGCUCAGGUCCCACUUCUGUCGGAACUCACUGCUGCGGCGCUCCAGCUAUGCUUUUUCCCACAAAGAAGGCUAUGCGGACCUCAUCGCCCGAGGUGCCAGCCUGCGUAAGAAGGCUCCAGCUGCUUCCCAGAGCCCAGACAACAGCCAUCUCCCCACAACAACUGAAGGGCAAUCUCCCCAGCCUGAGAUGAAAUGAUAAUGCCAAAGAUCUUUCUCUACAAAAUUAGCCAACAUUCAUUUUGAUCCUCUUUUUCUAUAUGACCUUCCCGGCUGCCCAAUUCCUUUAAAAGAUACGUUUCCUUAGUAUUGGAAUGACA